UCGCUCGCUCGCGCUCCCCAGCCAUGGCCGAAGAGUUCGCCGGCGUCUGGAAUUUGGUCGAGAGCCGCAAUUUCGAUGGUUACAUGAAAGCGAUCGAGGUGGGCUUUGCCACAAGGCAGAUCGCAAACAUGACCAAACCCACCACCAUUAUCGAGGUUGACUCUGACAAGUUCACCAUCAAGACCCAGAGCGCGUUCAAGAGCACAGAGAUCAUCUUCAAACUGGGAGAACAAUUUGAUGAGAUCACAGCAGAUGACAGACACGUCAAGUCGCUUGUGACGCUAGAAGGAGGGAAACUUGUCCAUGUGCAGAAAUGGGCCGGAAAGGAGACCACCCUCAUCCGAGAACUGAAGGAUGGAAAACUAAUUUUGACUCUGACAAUGGGCGACGUAACCUGCACUCGUACCUACCAAAAAGCAGAAUAGAGCCUCCCGACCGUUUUCUACAAGUGGUUACCCAAUGCCAAACGUGCUGCCAAAUCGUCUGCAUGGUGUUUCUCCUCCCCCCACAGUGUUUUUUGUAUAAUUAUUGCUCUUUUUGAACCCAUUCAGUAUCCAGCUUUUGCUCUCUACACAGUUGCCC